AUUGGCUGAGUAGGCCGGAAGGGGAGGUACGGCAGGCAGAGCGGGUCUGCGCGGAGCGCCCGUCCCAAUGGCGGCGCUGAAGUACGCGGGGCUGGAGGACACGGACAGCGAGGAGGAGCUGCCGCCGGGCUGGGAGGAGCGCACCACCCGCGACGGCUGGGUCUACUACGCCAACCACCUGGAAGAAAAAACACAAUGGGAACAUCCUAAGUCGGGGAAGAGGAAACGCGUUGCAGGAGGUCUGCCAUAUGGAUGGGAGCAGGAGACUGAUGAAAAUGGACAAGUCUAUUUUGUAGACCACAUAAACAAACGGACUACCUACCUUGACCCAAGACUGGCCUUUACAGUUGAAGAUAAUCCAGUAAAACCUACUACUAGACAAAAAUAUGAUGGAAACACUACUGCAAUGGAAAUACUCCAGGGCCGUGACUUAAGUGGCAGAGUGGUUAUAAUCACAGGAGCAAAUUCAGGAAUAGGUUUUGAAACUGCGAAGUCUCUCGCACUGCACGGGGCAUAUGUUAUCCUGGCCUGCAGAAAUAUGUCAAGAGGCAAUGAUGCUGUACAACGCAUUCUCAUGGAAUGGCAUAAAGCCAAGGUAGAAGCAAUGACCUUAGACCUUGCUUCUCUUCAGAGUGUGCAGCACUUUGCUGAAGCAUUCAAAUCCAAGAACAUGCCUCUCCACAUCCUGAUCUGCAACGCUGCUGUGUUUGGUGCUCCCUGGGUCUUGACGGAGGAUGAGCUCGAGUCCACCUUUCAGGUGAACCACUUAGGACACUUCUAUCUCGUCCAGCUUCUGGAAGACGUUUUACGCCGGUCAUCUCCUGCUAGGGUGGUGGUGGUGUCCUCCGAAUCGCACAGAUUUACAGAAAUUAAAGACUACUCUGGAAAACUUGAUUUCAGCCUGCUUUCUCCGUCUAAGAAGGAGUAUUGGGCUAUGUUGGCCUAUAAUCGUUCCAAGCUUUGCAAUAUACUGUUCUCCAAUGAGCUGAACCGACGCCUUUCUCCCCAUGGGGUGACGUCUAAUUCGGUCCAUCCUGGAAAUAUGAUUUACUCCUCCAUUCAUCGUAACUGGUGGGUGUAUACCCUGCUGUUUACCUUGGCUCGACCCUUCACCAAGUCCAUGGUUUUGGAGUUCUAAUGAAGUUUGCGUAGAUGUUUUUGAAAAUAGAAGUUAUCAUCAUGUUGAGAGAGGAUUUGCAAGUUGGCAACAUCUUUCUUUGGGAAGGAGACAGUGUCCAGUCGCUACUCAGCUGCUGCUGCUAUGCCAUAUGAGGGUGCUGCUGAGGCAAAGCUGGCUUCCUGCUCCUGGUGCUGCAGCUUCUCAAUUUUGUGGUGUAACUACUAUAGAUCCUAGGUAAGAAAGUGUGCUAACAUUUUCCCCAGUCAUGUGUCCCAUGCAUGACAGUGCACAUAGCUGCUUUCACAACCUGUUCUCCCUGGGGAUAUCCAUUUUAAUGCUGUGUCCAUUUACAUCACAGUUGUAUUAAUUACAUUUAAUGUAGUUUUGAGCUAAGGUAGCACAGCCUUAUUUCAGAGAACAGAGAGUGUGUGUGUUCUAAUGAGGCUUGAGUACAAUUGAUCUAUGACUUGGAUAUAAGGGAUUCUUAAGGGAGUUUGCUGAUUUAUGUGGAAGACGGAUGUCUGUGACCAUUAGGAAACAUCAGUUUUUAUUACCUAUCAAUCUCAUGGAAAACCAUUGGCAGCAAAAUCUCCUGUAAUAGUUAUCUAAUCUGUUAAAUUAGAGAUUAAUGAAAUGAAAACAUUACAGAGGAGGAAUGCACACUCUUAAAAGCGGGCAGUAUCAAAAGGGCAAUAAAGACUAUUUGGAAGCAUAUACAACAGCAGUCUGAAGACAGCAAAAGGAUAAAUAAGUACACACAAUUGCUGUCUUAAGCCAGUUUUUGCUUUCAGCAUGCUUAUGGGUUUUAAAUUGCAAAAACCUAUGUGGAUAUAUGGGUUAGUAAAUUACUAGAGUAAUAGAGCACAUACAUAAGACUAAUUCCAAAAUAAGAAAAAGAAAAAAAAAAGGGCAAACAAAAAAACCACCAUUUAGAAUAUCAUACACUCAUUUGGUUUUAGAAUGAUUUUAGAAUUUAAUACAGUUGAUGUUUAAUUUUGCUUAACUAAAUCUUUAUUUUCAAAUUUCUAGAGUUCAAAAGCAGUGCUUAUUCAAAUGUAUUAGUAAGACCAAAAAUUAGAAGAAAAAACUUGUAAACUACAUCUAGCUAUGAUUGUUAUUCUUCAGGAAAAAGACACAUACAGCUGUGUUUGGAAACUGUGAAUCUUUACAUUGGGAAAGAGCCCAGUAUCUGGAAUGUUUUGAAAGGAAAAAAAAUGGGGACAAUAUGUCUGCUAUCAGUUAAUUUCUAAGCGUGUAAUUUCAGUGUGUUCUGUGUGCUCGUUUUUUCUCGCAGCUACUAUAUGCCGUGGGAUAUAAAUCAGAAGGAAUUUUCAAAAAAACAAGUUGCAUUUAUCUAUACAUAAAAAAGAAAAUACUAUUGAGGUGACCGUGUGUGUCAGCACAUCGCUUUAUUUCCACACCACCUGCUGCAAUUAAAAAUGAAAUCACCAAGCAGCAAGUACAGUAACUUCAUCAACCAGCUGAUAUUAUAAUUAAUGACUAUAUAGAGUCUCUAUUAUUGUGUACUUCCAAGGCAUCAAGUGGAAAGCUGUCGUAGUGCUUUAAAUAAUGAAAAAGUUUCAGGCCUUGAUAAAUGGCUCAGUUGGAUGCAGUUUAGAAAGUUGAGAGCAUAUGCUUCUGUCAUUAGAAACUAAGGACCCUCGUUACCCUUGCUAUAGCUCCUCAGAUUCAUCUGAAACUCUUUGAUCCCCUCAUGUACUUACACUGUGUUUAAAAUGCAAAAGUGUAGAAAAAUAUGGUGUGCAUGAGAAAUUCAGUUAGUAGGAAGAAAGAUUAAAAUAAAGCUACCGUUCAUUAACGUCUUUGUUUCAAGCCUAUCGAAAAAGAUAGCAUUAGUCUGUAUCCACAUUUCUUUUGAAAUGAGAGUAAGCAGACAUUUUUCUUUGAUUCCUUUGAGAUUUUUCUUUUAAGAAACAAUUGAAAUCCAAUAAAGAAAUGCGCUUCAGAGAAUGCUUAUGAAGAUAUUUAACUGACUUAAUAGAGAAAUGACAGCAAGGGUAUUUAUUCUUACAGUCUGUACUUCAACUCCAUGGUAUUCUGCAAUGAUGGGUGCAGAAUGGGUGUAAAGAGUAAAGCACUGAAGCAGAAAUUUUGAAUAUUAUUGGUGAGGCAGGUUUAAACAAUAUGAAUAGGCAAACUAUUGGUAAAUUCAUUUCCUGAACAGUAUUGUUUUGUUGUUAAAUAUCACAAUUUUAGCUGAAAACUAUUAGUUACUUUUCAGCUACUAUUAAUUUUUUUUCUUACUCUGAAACUUUCACAUAAUGAAUUUGCCUCUGAGGAUAUUUCAUAGCUGAAAUGCUUUGCUUGGCAGAGCAUGUUACUGAUAGAGAAAAUUUUGUCUAAUCCCUGACUCUCAUGGUUGUCAUUUUGCUUUGUUUCAUGUGUAGAAGCUAUAUGCCAGAACCAUUUUCAAACCUUUUAUAAAAGAACUAUGUUCCUUCUAAAGUACUGAAUUAAGAUAAUGAAACAUAUAUGUGACUAUAUAACCAACAACAGAAAUAAAGGUUUCUUCCUAUCAUAUGAAUGUGUGAGGUAAUAAAAUAAGCUAGUGCUGGUUUUCCCUCUGUGUUUCAUUAUUUAGAAUGUAUUAUUUAGAAUCCACAUUUCAUGAGCAUCCAAACCCACCAAAGCACUGU